AUGUCGAAAUCAUCCUGGAAAUCAAACUCUUUGGCCAGUCUCAAUAGCCCGCCAGAAGGCCGGCAUUGCCAAGAUAAACAUGCUCAUUCUGCCCGCCCAACAUCCCUCAAGGUCAUCGUCCACUUACAUACACCCUUGGUAGGGUCAUCGGUGAAGCUCUAUUUGGUCAUUGCCAAAAAACACUCCAUCUGGCUCAUCCCCAAGCUCUUCGACUAUCUCGUUGAAAAGACCCGCUUCUCCGAGUUCGAGGCCGACCAUCUAAAGGCCCCCGCCACCAAUAGCGACGACGAAUGUGAGGACGAGAUCAAAAAUAGUAUGUUUGUCUGUCUCAAAGGCGUCACAGAAGAUGCCCAGCGCCAGACCGGCGCCCAGGCUCUCUGGCAGCGCCGGAACACCGCAAACCCAUUGCCGGCUGAAGAGCCCCAGCCUCCAUCUUUUGCCUGA